AUCUGUGUUUGGCACUAUGGACUCACUGACUUCUUCGAGUCGUAGAUCCUCUUCCUCCUAUCGCUCCUCAGCCCGUUAUAGCUCCAGUAGUUUUCGGUCAGAGAGCUCACGGGUCGGGUCAGGGGACUCCUUGGAUGAUCUUUUAGAGCCUUUUCUUGACUCGUCGGACUCAUCCAGCUUGUUUUGUGAAGAGGGCCAGGCCCCAUUUGGUAGGCAAGGAAGAACCUCCUAUGGAAACAGUGCUCCAGUGGGGGGUGGUGUGCCUGUUUGUCAGACGGGCGCCGGAAGUGUGCAAUGUGUAGGAGAUAGCUACUAUAUGUCCGCCGAUGUCAGCCAGUUUGAGCCGCAUGACGUUGUGGUAAUGGCAUAUAGCCAUCAUGUCGUCAUUCACGCUCAGAAGGUCAUGGAUGACGGAAGUGUCAGUGCCACAUUCACCAAUAAGUCCCAAUUCCCGAAGGACAUGAAUCCUCUUUCUGUCAGUGGGACCUUCAACAGUGACGGCAUCCUGAUUGUGAGUGUUCGCCGAAACAACUCUACAGAUGGGCGGGAUCUUCUGGCUGUGCCUACAUACUAUCGCAGCGAAGCUCACCUUUGACCACAGACUCAAAGUUCAGCCUCGAGCUAAGCUUCUGUAUUGAACUUGCAUAACAAUUUUUGUUCAUUGUUAUUCAUUUAGCUUCUGAUGAGUUUUUGGUGGGUGUCUGAUGACCAGUCAAUAUAUACCUACCUACCCUAUAAAAAAGUGAAUUAAUUUGCCAUUUUAUCAAUCAUUUUUGUCACACUCAUACAGUGCUAGGCUAUUCUUAUGAUAACUGUUGAUUUAGAUUUUUUAUAAAAUUUUG